AUGGAAGUUGGAGCAGUAAAACAAGCUUUCAAUACUGAGGUGAUAUUGUUGAAAAAGAAUCUAAACCAGGCCAAAAUACAGAUAAUUCAUAAGUUGACAAGAAAAGCUAAACAGCUGACCGAGAAGAAAGCUCCGGAACAACUAAAAGAAAAGUUAAAAAGGAAAGCAGAGUCUGCUGUCAAAGAAGUACUAAUUAUAAAGAAAAUCAAACCCAAGGACUUAGCUAAAUUCAUGGUCACACACAAAGGAGAAUUGAACACUUUUUUGAACAAACCUCAAGUUGAUGAAGAGAAAGCCUGUGCCCGACUAUUACUCCAUAAAGCCUUGCAGGACAAGUACAAAUUUAUAAGGAGCAGGUUCUCAAAUGUACCCAUCCAAGACCUAUUUAUGUCUAGACUAGAAAGAAGGAAGAUGAAGAAGGAAGCUAAAGAGAAGCAGAAGAAUAAGAAGAAAGGAAAUAAUAAAAAUGUUGUCAAUUCAGAAGGAGAUUGGGAUGUUGAGGAUGUAAAAGGUGAUAGCAAAAUAAGUGAUGAUGAGGGAGAUGAUUCAGGUGAUGAAGGAAAUUACAUGUCUGAUGACGAAAAUGAUGAUAAUGAUGUAUCUGGUGAUGAAAGUGAUCAUUCAGUUGGAGGUCGUGUGUCAGAUGAUGAAUCUGAAGAUAAUGCAGUUGAAAAUAAAGAUUCAGAUGCUAGUGUAGAGGCAAAUAAUGUUUCGGAUGGCAAUGAUGAAGACGACAAUGAUUCGGAUGGUAAUGUAAAUGAAGAUAAUGAUUCUGACGGUAAUGACGAAGAUGGUAGUGAUUCCGAUGGUAAUGAAGAAAACGAGCAAGAAGCCAUUGAGGAAGUUAGUAAACCUAUCAAACCUAAUCCUAAAAUAGUCAAACAGGCACAAGUCAAUGUUAAAUCUAAGGAAGAAAAACUAGAAACAGUUGAUAAAAAGACAACAGAACCAGUAGAAAUUAAGCCUAGAAUUAAGGCUACCAAAAAGGAUCCAGCAAAGAAACAAAAAGAAUUGAACAAAACAAAGAAUUUCAAUGAGAAAAUACUUCAAAAGAAGUUGCAAAAGAAUGUGAAUGCUCCUGUAGCCGAGAAUAAAACAGUAGAUCCAUUCUUUAUAACGGCGACGGGAGAGAAUUACAUGUCUGUAGCAGACCGUAGAGCUCCAGAUGAAGUAAAAGAAGAACAUAUGAGAGGCAACAGGAAAAUGAGAAGAGCGGCCAUGUUUGGACAUGUUCCAGCAAGAAGACCUAGACAAAAUAAUUAUAACAAUGAUAGAUUUAAUGGAAAUGACAAUGUUAGGGGUUUUAAAAGAAAAUUUGAUGACAAACCGCAGUUUGAUAGAAGGAAUUUUAACGAUAAAAAGAACUUUAAUGGUGGAAACAAAUUUGAUAAUAUCAAGUCUUUUAAUAAUGAUAACAAUACUAAACGAGGUUUUAAUAGGGACGAUAAACAAGAAAAAUUGCAUCCUUCUUGGGAAGCCAAGAAAAAGAAGUCAGGUAUUUUACCAUUUGAAGGUAAAAAGAUUGUUUUCGAUUGA